AUGGUUCAUAAAGACGUUCCCCAGCCAGAGGUGAAAAUAAAAUAUCCCGUCCGAGUAAAAGAAGAACCCAUUUUGGGCCUUUCGGAUUCAUCUUCACCCGGUGGCGGCGACGACGACGAUGCGCCGCAAUCUCUGAAAAAAGGGCCCUGGAGUGCAGAAGAGGAUGCACUUCUAAUGGAGUAUGUGAAAAAACACGGAGAAGGGAAUUGGAAUGCUAUUCAGAAGAACAUUGGACUUCAACGAUGUGGCAAGAGCUGCCGUCUUCGGUGGGCUAAUCAUCUCCGUCCCAAUCUAAUAAAAGGAUCUUUUACCCAAGAAGAAGAGAACCUUAUAAUCAAGUAUCAUGCUGAAAUAGGCAAUAAAUGGGCUCAAAUGGCUACAUACUUACCAGGAAGAACAGAUAAUGAGAUAAAGAAUUUUUGGAACACAAGACUCAAACGACGGCAGAGAGCGGGGGUUCCACUUUAUCCACCUGAGAUCCAAGCUCAAAUAGCUAUGAAGAAGAGGCAAAGGGCAUUCAUGCUUAUGCAAAAUCAGGUCCAACGACCAAUUAACAUAGGUAAUGCUGGCAAUGAUGAGACAAAUUACUUAUUAAGAAACUUUGAUCCCAGCCUACCAUGGCAGCAACGUCAAGCAUCUACUUUUCCCUUUAAGACGGAACACCUUUCAACCAAAUGGUAUCCUAACUACAUUAGUGAUCAUCAAAAAGUGUCACCACAACCAAUGUCUCUAGCGAUGGGGCAAGCGAAUAAUGCGCUCAUUGAUGUUAUGUUCUGAGGGUCACAAAGACCCGGAGAGCUAUUCAAUCAAGAAUUGUCAUUCAAGCACUUGUCGACCAGUGGUACUGUCAAUAGGGAGCCAUUACCAUCGUCGCAGCUGCCACCACCAUCAAAUAUUGAGUAUUUCGCCAUGAA